AUACUUUCAAACUUUGCUUUUUUUUUUAAUGGCACAGCCCACGUUUCAGAAAUGGCCGAUGAGAGUGAAGUUGUGGCUGAAAUGGCACAGAAAGCCUUUGCUUCAUCUUCCAACUACGAGAAUGUUCGUGCCAAUUAUUCUCGCGAGGCAGUAGAGUUCUUUUUGCGCAAACUUGGUGUGAACUGGGACAACCAUGACAAAGCUGCAGAGAACCAAACAGAUCGCCCUUUUACUAUCUUAGAGGUCGGUUGUGGCACGGGAAAAUUUACUCGCGUCAUGUUAGAAGUGUUGAAAGAUAAGAACGUGAGAGUGAUUGCAAGUGAGCCACUGCGAAGCAUGCGUGAGCAGUUAAAACUUAUGGUGCCUGAUACGGAAAUUAUCCAAUGCCCAGCUGAGAAUAUACGUAAGCUGCUUAAAACUCUAUGUUAUGUGCACAAAAACGAUAUCUUACAUGUCAUUUCAUCUCUUUCGAAUUGCUUGCCACCUUCUCCACUUUUCUGAUACUAAAGCCUUUGCAGGGCCUCCAAGGCCUCUGCUAGCAGGGAAUUGCAGGGCUUUUGCUAAUGUGUAUUAUUAAAAUUGUAUCAUUGGAUAAUGCAAUUCUACAGCUCUAAUUAGCUUAGCCAUCAUGGUAUAUGAGCCAUUAGUAAAAUCCAACUAGUGGUGUAUUAUCAAUGCUGUGUUCUGAUUGGUUGAGCUACUACUAGGCUAUACAGUCGAACCCCGCUAUUUUGAACUCGGUUAAUUCGAAGUCCCCGCUAUUUCAAAGGAAGAUCGAAUUCCCUUGGAUUUACCCUUCCCCUUUACGCUUCCCCGGUUAUUGCGAAACCCCACUAUUUCGAACUUUUGUCCAUUUCCUUUGGGACUUCGAAAUAGCGGGGUUUGACUGUAUGUUAUAGCCCACUAGUAGCGAAAAGUGCGGGCUUUUUGGUGGCAAAAAAGGAUUAAAGUCUAGCUUUUACAUAGCUAAAUCUUUUUUAUUCUUGAUAUUUUUGACCAACUAGUUGGAUUUUACUAAAACAAUAUUAUUAUUCCUCUCGCUCUCAUGGCCUCUGAGUCAAUAACCCAUUCGGCCUUCAGCCUCAUGGGCUAUUGACUCAGAGCCCAUUCGGGCUUGAGGAAUAAUUGUUAAUUAUACCAUACUCUCCAAAUAUGGUAAUUGUACACUUCUGCUCAAAAAUUAAAAAUAAGCUGAAAAUCAGUUGUUUUUACAAAUAAAGUCGGGAAAAAUUCUUGAUAUUUUGUGGGCGUUUUGAAUAAAACAAUUAAUCCACUCAUGCUUGUUGGAUAUGAGAUGAUUAUAGCUAACUUGGCGUUACAAACCUUGUUGACUAUCUACCAUCUCAUAUCCAACGUGCACUAGUGGAAUAAUUGUGAAAUAAUAUGAGGCUUAUUUCGCGCAACACAAUAACAUUCCAUAAAAUAUUUCUGGUGUUCACGGUUUUGUGAGUUUCACAGUAAGGGCCGAGGCAUCUAGGGAUAUUUUGAAAAUCAGAGUCUCAGUAAUGGCGUUUCCAGGUGUAUACAAGAGAGGUUUCCCACCGUGGAUGCCAUGUUGUUUUGUCAGAAUACAGCAAAGCCGUCAAAAUGUCCCUGGCAUUCGAAGACAUCACACAGUUGGAAUGUUUCACAGGUCUAAACCUGUUACAAUAUGCAUUCAGUGUCAUUACUUCUGGGAAACAGAUGCUUAAUUUUAUUCAAUGAUGCUUAAUUUUUUUUUGUUAGCAAUAAAAUAUUAUGGUAGAAGAAGAUGAAAGUAGCCGGCUAAGGAUGGCUAACUAGCCAGCAGUUUUGGCCAGCUACCGGCCCUUAUUGACAGCCCUGACAGGCGCGGAUCUAAGAUAAAUACUGACCGUUUUCCAAAACGAGCGUCGAAGGCGUAAGCUUCUAGGGCGGUCUGAGGAAUGCACCCCAGUGAAUUUUUUUUUUUUCACUCCCUAAAGUCACCUGAGUGAUUCAGUCAGGAUAUUGGCCAGAUUUUAACUUGGAAAGUUUUUUUUUUCAUGAAAAAUUUAUUUAUCUAUGAAAACUCUGACCGAUUUUUGUAAAACGGUGAAAACCGGUGUGGAUCCGCGCCUGCCUGAAAUUUUUUCCUUAUAAUGAGGUUUCGUUAUAUCCAGGCUCUUUUUCAUAUGCUUUACUGUUACUGGGGUGAAAAAAAUAGUUUGUCAUACCGAGGACUUAUUUAGGGGUUUGUUAUAUUGACAUUCCAGUGUACAGUAAAACACAGGUUUAAGAACCUAGUGGUUUAAGAACCUGCCGGCAGAAAUUUGCCAUGUUAAUACGCAAAAAUAUAAGAACCUGUUUAGCUAAGCAAGAUGAAACAGGUUCAUGUGAGUUACAGUUUAAUUUAUUAUGAUAAACAAUUUAACCACACUGUUUGACUUCAAGAAUGCAGAAUUACUUUGAUGCCAAAAAGUCUAGUUAGAUAACAUUCGUAUGUUUAUUCUGUAAUUAGUUUUGUUAGGCUUGUGAAAAAGUAGUGCACAUAGGACGAAAUUCAAGUUUAUUUAUUUUUCUGGUGAAUAUCAAUAACUGUAUCUCCUCAAUAGAAAAUACUAGCCAAUAACUACCCGAAAAUACAGGAACCUAUUUUGCCAGACUGCAAUAAAUCUACGGUAAGUAUAUUACAAUGGAUUCACCUUCACCUUCCCAUUUCCAUCUCUCUAAGAGAGGAGAUGGGAACAAUAUUUUUGUGGUCUAUAUUUAAUAAGGACCAAUCAUUGUGGGCCUUUACAAAUUAAUACAUGGUUUGCACAAUCUUGAAAAGUCCUCGAACUUUAGGGGAAGUCCUUGAAAAGUCUUACUUAUUUGAUAGAAUAUUUAAGAAGUUUACCUGAUACGUUGUAUAUACCUCCAGUUGUAAUUUUAGUCUUUUUUUCUAAUAACAAAACCCCUGUGCUUGAGUUUGUGUGAGGGGUUUUUCUUUCUGUGUGUUGUUGCAUUUCUUUUCUUUUCCUUUUUUUCUUAAUAUGUAAUAUAACACCUUUAUUUAUAAUUGUUGUCCUGCCUAGAUUAGCGGUAUAGCUAUUUGUGGGGUAUAAAGUAUUGUAAGCUUCACAGAUCUUGAAUACAAUACAUUGUUGUUGUUGUUGUUGAAUUCCAUUUUUCCUGGAAGAGUCCUUAAAUUUCUGUGCAAGUCCUUGAAUUGUCCUUGAAAUUGUUCUUAACUUUGAAUGUAUUGGCUUGGAAAGUGUUUUUUUAAUGCUUUUUGGUUGUCCAAGACAGAACAUAUAUCAUAGCUCAGCAAAGUUAAAGGUGAUUUACAUAAAGUGUUUUUUGUUUUAUACAGUAAUUAACUAUCAAUUUUAUUUUAAGACAAGACUGAACUGAAAAAUUUAGAACAGUUGGUGGAGCAAACAGUUCAAGCCUUAACGUCCUGUUGAGUGGACUGGAAAUGUGCAUUUUUGUACAAUCUGUGAAAUUAACUUCCUUGUAGGUGGUGCUUGGAAAGUCCUUAAUUAAAAAAUGGUUGCAGUGUAAAAUAACAAUUUUUGAUACAUAGAAACAACCUGAUAUGUUAAUUUCUAAGUUAUCCUUCCUUCCUUUUUUCCAGCCCUUCCUGAUGCAAGUGUGGAUGUAGUAAUUGCUGCUCAAAGUUUCCACUGGUUUACAAACCGUGCUGCUCUAGAAGAAUUCCAUCGUGUUCUGGCCCCAAGGGGCUCAUUUGGCAUGGUUUGGAUCAUACUUGACGACAUGGCCGCCGUAUGGUUGAAAGAGAUACAAAAAUUUCUUGGUAUUUUGGAUGAGAAGUAUGCUCUCUUUUUUCCUUUCAUGCAAGGGUGGAGAAAAGUGUUCACUGAUCUCUCACAAGGCUUAUUUAGCAACCCAGAAGAAUGUAUAGACUUUAAGUAUUCUAGAACAAGUUCUUUUGAUCAUGCCUUCAAGAUGUUGUCAUCAUAUUCCCCGGUAGCAGGUGGGAGUGAAAAAGAUAAGAAAGAUUUCCAUGAUCUGUUUAAUGAUGUAACUAAAAGGCAUUUUAAAGAUAAGGGAAUUCCUUUAGAAACUAUUCCAUUUAAAUUUUACAUGUACUGGUGUAGUAAGAAAAAUUAAUCCUUUUUGUUUUCUGGGUUUGAUAACACAUUCACGCCCAAUUUCCCCUGCCUUCUUGUGUGGAUUCAAGUCAAGUCAAGUCAGGUUUUAUUUCACUUUACAAUGGAAAUACAGAGGUUAAUAAAAAAUAAUGGGACUACAGGCAUAAAGAUAACAGAAACUAAAAGACAUAUAAUGAAGGGAGUUGGAGCAAUUAAGAGUUUUCAAAGAUAACUCCCAAAAAUGAAAUCUGAAAUUAUGAUUUAGAAUUAUAUUAAUAAUAAAUAAAAAAUUUAUUAUUAUAGUUAUUUAAGGAAUAGACCACACUUUCUAUGGGUUUACCGGCGUGAUGACCCAAGCGGGAUGUUAGGAGAAGA